GCGUUUGAUCAUUUUUUUUUGUAUCUGCGGAGACAAUUCGUUUCUAUGCGGAAAUUAUAUAUAUUUGUUUUUCAUUUUUCGUGUUUCUCUAUCCAUCCUUUCCAAGAAACACAAGUUCCAGGCAUCUGACCUAGAUAUAAUGAACCGCGACGUGAUUGGUUUAGUGCUUCAGUGUUCCGCCAAUGGCAAGGCUGGCUUUUGCUGAUUUUGAAUUCGCGAUCAGUUACGUGCAGUUACGGACUUGCAUCGCGACGGUGAGAUCGCGCUCGUUAAUCGCUCCAUAUUUCACAGGAUUAUCAUCGUUUAAUGCAGUCUUAUGUGCGCGGAGACAUCGUAAUUGUCUUUCCGAAAGUAUCGGACGCUGUUGUGUGAAACGGAAGGUGUGUCCGAAAGAUCAUCGAACCAAAUCUCGAGCUGAAUUUCGGACCGCGAUCAUUCAACGAGCAUUGAUCUCUGUCUCUCUCUCUCUCGCGCGCUCUCUUUCUUUCUCUCUCUCUCUCUCUCUCUCUCUCUUUCUCUCUCUCUCGCCAAGUCGCAUAUCAAGUUUUGAUUGAAAUGCUCGCGAUUUGGGGUUUGAUAUGAGGCUUAAUUUGAUAAUCUGGAUGUACCUCUUCAAGUAUCGUCGCAGAUAAAGUGAUGUGUAAUUGUGUUUGUGUCCCAUCGCAAUUUCGGUACUGGUGAUUCGUCUCUGUAAAUAUGGCAUUGAUGAAAAUCCUCGGCGAGUGUCGAAAGUGCGAUCGACAUUUUCGCGAUGCGACAUUUUCGCCAGGUAUUUAUUAAGUAACUUAUACUUUACACAUAUUAUUUAUUCGUUUAUUUCGUACAUUGCUUAUUGAAUAUACUGUCAUUACGAUUACGGUAAUACCAAUUAGAUGUAACAUCGAUUUUUAUUCUCUUAUUAUAUUAAAAUAAUUAAUCGGUUUUUUCGAGUUUGUAUAUUUAUUUUAAAAUAAAAAUACACAAAUAUAUACAAUUGUGUAUAUUAAAGUUUUCACUUGAAUAAUGAUGAAAAAGAAUGGUCAUUACAUAUCUGCAAAACUACUAUGUGCUUAAAGCCCUAGUUUUAAAUUAAAUUUCAUAUUUCGAUUAAACUUUUAUUUUUAAUAUGACUUUCGUCACAUUACCGACGAAGUGCUUGAAUUCUGAACCUUCAUGGUACAUAAAGUUCGUUUUACCAUUUAAGUGACUUUAGAUUCGUCUAAAUAUUAAUUACGUUAAAAAAUAUGUUCGUUAAAUAAAUUCUGGUUAUAUAAUUUACAUUUUUAUAAUUAUAAUUGAAGGUAACCGCGAAAAUUUUCGAGUUCUCUACGCUAAUAUUUAAUAAAAUUUUAUUAAAAAAUAAAACAUAUAUUUCUUGUUCAUGAAAUCUAGAAAAAAAUUUUUUUAAUAUCGACUUUCAAUAAAAGAACGAGAUUUAUUUUAUAUAAAAAAAGAUUUUGGCGUAAAAUCAAGUUGUACCAUAUAUAGGUUGCUUUAAUGCACAAUAUCCGACAUCUAGUGGAACAAUCGGAACGAUCGAACUCUAACUAGACUUGACGGAUAAAAUAUCAAACUCAAUACUCCGCCCGUUGCUUGAGUCUUAUCGCUGAAAGAUGUCGCCAAUGCGGGACAUACCGCGUACUCCGGACACUAGCGAUUCGCGAUGUUUUAACGCGAGUGCUCCGAUGCUCCGAGUGUCGUCCCUCCAAAUACCAUUUCGUAGGACAGUCACGCGCACAUGUUCUCUCAAUCACAAACAACGAGGAAAAAAAAAAAGAAGCGUACGUCUCUCCGCGAGUGAAUCAAAACAAUUCCUCGAAUUUCGGUAAUAGUGUGAAAUUCUUCGAGCUCGGCAUUGGACGAAACGCACGAUAGGGGGUAGAUAGUAGGAAGCGAUGUUGUGUGUGCAGCCCAGUCGGUGAGCGUAGGAGUGGGGGGAAAGGCGAGUGUGACGCGGCCGAGUGCGCGCGCGCGCGCCACGAGGACGAGGAGUGGGGGGAGCGCGAGGGAGCCAUGAGCGAGAGAGAGGGAGAGCGUGCGCGUAGUCGCGUCGCGGGAGGGGACGGAGGUGGGCGGCGAGUUUGUUUAUCGCUUUGGUGAACGGCGAGAGCAGCAGUCAGUGCGCGGUGCUACGUUCGGUGUGCUGCAUCCAGUGGUGGCGGUACGGGACGCGCUCGCGAUUCGGGUGACUGUUUGUCGGGGCAGGAAAUUUGGCCGCGUCUCCUUUCCUCUUUCUCUCUGUCUUCCUUUCUCUCUCUCUCUCUCUUCUCUCUCUUCUCUUUCUCUCUCUCUCUCUCUUUGUUUCUUUCCGUCUCACUGUCUCUUUCUCUUCCUCCAUUCGUUCGGGCGAGUAAUUGCGCGAGUGCCGAUCGGACAGACAUACACGCCGUUUCCCUUCCACCGUUGUCCACGCGCACGACGACAGCCAAGAGAGGAAAGAAGUGUGCUCUUCCGCGGUGGGAACAUGCCGUGGUUCAUCGCAACGAGAUAAUAGAAAGCCGACCUUUUCCGCGGUGACUCGACGACCCCAACGGCGGUGACUCCCGCACCGGACUCGCCCUUCCCUCGCCUUUCCCCCGCUGGAAACUUGUCAUCGAUUACGUGGAAGCGAGCGUUCUUCUUCGUCACAUCGGGGUAAGACCACCAGCUCACCCGGACCGACGUCUCGCCGCCGCCGCCGCCGCCGCCUCCAACGACGACGACGAAGACGACGACGAAGAGGAGCGAAACUCUCGCGGCGCGCAGUGCCGUCUCGUUUUCACCGCGACGCAACUUAAUCCGUCAGCGACGUGUCCCUCGCUCCCGUCGUGUUUUUCCCCUCCACCCGAGAGAAGUCUGCCGCGGAUCUCCGAUGUGAGUGAUCUCGCGUGUCUUCCGUCAAACCAUUAUUGAGCUCGAAGCCGCGAUUCUACGUAAAAUUACGCGCGGCGCGUAACAAACACGUAUCCUCUUGUCCGGAUCGUCAUCCCCAAAUCGAUCGCGACGUCGCGCGCGCCCUUCAAGUGCCGGAAACACCACCCGGGAUAAUCGCAGGACUCGCGUCGUCGUCACUCGCCGUCGACGACAUGAUCCUCCGAGUGACGUUGUUGCUUGUGUGCACGCUGCUGGCCGCUGGUGCGAGAUCCGAACCGAGGCCGCGGUCGCGACCAGUGCAGAUCUAUUCCAAUCAGUUUGCUGUUUACGUGCCCAGCGGAUCGGACGCUGCCAAUGAGAUCGCCCAGGAGCACGGGUUCGACAAUCAUGGACAGAUCGGUGCCCUGAAGAAUUAUUACCUCUUCUCUCACCAGCGGGUGCACAAGAGAUCCCUCACUGCGAGCGAACCACAUCACAAAGCGCUCAGGGAUGAACCGCGGGUGCACUGGUUCCAGCAACAGCACGAGAAGAAGCGCAAGAAGCGCGACUUCGGCGCUACGUCCUACACGUUCGCCGAUUAUCAGCCUUUCUUCGGCGGCGGUUUUGGUCCGCGCCCGCGGCAGGCCGCCCUCUUCCAUCGCCAAAGAAACAGGGGCGUGCCACUUCAGAACCUGUUCACGGACCCGCUUUUCAAGGAACAAUGGUACCUGAACGGCGGCGCCAAGGAUGGUUACGACAUGAACCUCGGUCCGGCCUGGCAGAAGGGCUACACCGGCAAGGGUGUCGUCGUUUCGAUUCUGGACGACGGCAUCCAGACCAAUCAUCCGGAUCUCGCGCUUAACUACGAUCACUUAGCCAGUACGGAUAUCAACGACAAUGAUGACGACCCGAUGCCGAGGGACAACGGCGACAACAAGCAUGGCACUCGAUGUGCCGGCGAAGUCGCCGCCGUCGCCUUCAACCAAUACUGCGGUGUCGGAGUAGCUUAUAACGCCAGUAUCGGAGGCGUGCGAAUGCUCGAUGGUCCGGUAAACGACGCCGUCGAGGCCAGAGCUCUGGGAUUGAAUCCUGAUCACAUCGACAUAUACAGCGCCUCCUGGGGUCCCGAGGACGACGGCAAGACCGUCGACGGCCCGGGCCCUCUUGCAAGGAGGGCAUUUAUUUACGGAGUGACGAGCGGUCGUAAGGGCAAGGGCUCGAUCUUCGUGUGGGCGUCUGGUAACGGCGGUCGGCACACUGACUCAUGUAACUGCGACGGUUACACGAACAGCAUCUUCACACUGUCGAUAUCGAGCGCGACACAGGGCGGCUAUAAGCCAUGGUAUCUCGAGGAGUGCAGCUCGACCUUGGCAUCCACGUACUCGUCAGGUACGCCGGGCAACGACAAAAGCGUCGCCACGGUGGACAUGGACGCCAAGCUGCGUCCCGAUCACAUUUGUACGGUGGAACACACCGGGACGUCCGCCUCGGCGCCGUUAGCCGCCGGCAUCGCCGCCCUCGCCCUCGAGGCAAACCCUACGCUGACAUGGCGAGACAUGCAGUACCUGGUGGUGCUCACCUCGAGAUCCGAUCCGUUGACCAACGAACCCGGCUGGAUACUGAACGGCGUAAAGAGAAAAGUCUCCCACAAGUUCGGCUACGGUCUGAUGGACGCGGGCGCCAUGGUCAAUCUGGCCGAACAAUGGACCAAUGUCCCGCCGCAGCACAUCUGCAAAUCGGACGAGAUCAACGAGGAGAGACCGAUCGAUCCCACAUAUGGGUACACCUUGAGCGCGUACAUGGAUGUCACCGGAUGCGCUGGGUCUUUGAACGAGGUGCGAUUCUUGGAGCACGUGCAGUGUAAGGUUUCUCUGAGGUUCUUCCCUCGAGGAAACUUGCGACUAUUAUUGACCUCACCGAUGGGCACAACUUCGACGCUAUUAUUCGAGCGGCCGCGCGACGUUCUCAGCUCUAACUUUGACGACUGGCCCUUUCUCAGUGUACACUUCUGGGGUGAAAAGGCUGACGGUCGAUGGACUCUGCAGAUCAUUAAUGCUGGGAAUCGGCACGUCAAUUCACCAGGCAUCCUGAAGAAGUGGCAGCUGAUCUUCUACGGCACAUCGACGAACCCGAUCCGGAUACGCACGCGGCAAUUUAAUCCGGUACAUUCUGCGUACCUUCCUUCUCAUUCCGUCCAUUAUCCAUUCACGGUAGACGAUGAUCCGCUACAAUUGUCCGGUUAUCCGGGCAACAGGGACUUCUUUUCUCCGUCUACCUUUCAGAGUUACCAAGGCCCGUACACCGGCGCCGCGUCGAAUCUACAAGCGUCCGUCGCCACCCUGGAUGGCUCGUCGGCGCCAAUCCUGUCGAACCAUCUGCCCGGUGAUGUUUCAUCAGCGUCCGCCUUCGAUUCACCGUCGGUGGCGUCGCAAGCGGAUGGUUCUCUCGAUACUACCAGGAGGAUUCUACAUUCUCACGACUGCGAUCCUCAGUGCGACGCGCAAGGCUGCUAUGGCAAGGGUCCGACGCAGUGUGUCGCUUGUAAAAAUUAUCGUCUCGAUAACACUUGCGUCAGUCGCUGCCCCCCAAGGAGCUUCCCUAACCAGGGCGGCGUUUGCUGGCCAUGUCACGAAUCCUGCGAAAUUUGUGCGGGUGCAGGUCAAGAUUCCUGCCUCUCGUGCGCCCCUGCUCACCUUCGGGUCACCGAUCUGGCGGUCUGUCUUCAGCAAUGCCCGGAGGGCUACUACGAAAACACUGAGAACAGCACAUGCGUGCCAUGCGAGGCAAACUGUGCCAGCUGCCAAGACAGACCGGACAAGUGCACCAGCUGCGAGCAUCAUUUGGUGAUGCACGAGAACAAAUGUUACGCCGCGUGUCCGCCAUAUACAUACGAGACGCAGGAUUACAAUUGCGCGCCGUGCCAUCCUACCUGCGAGACUUGUAACGGCACGGCGGAUAAUCAAUGCAUCUCCUGCCGAUCCGGGCUGUUCGCUCUGAACGGCACGUGUCGCGCCUCGUGCCCGGCUGGUUACAGCGCCGACAAGAAGCGACGCGAAUGUGUGGCAUGUCCGCCCGGCUGUGCUACCUGCAGCACGCUGAGCUGCACCAGCUGCAUUGACGGCUGGAGCCUGAACAAGAAGGGCCUGUGCGCGCCCGAGAGCCGCAGUAAGUGCAACACGGGCCAGUAUUACGAGGACAACCAAUGCAAGACGUGUCACUCAUCCUGCGAAACCUGCGCCGGCGCUACAGAGGAUCACUGCAUAUCCUGCCCGAACCCGUUACUUCUUCAGGGCAAACGCUGCGUGUCACAAUGUGACGACGCGUACUAUUCUGUAGUGCAACCAUCGCGACCGGUUUGUGUCCCUUGUCUGCACACUUGUAAGAGUUGCGUUUCUCGUCUGAAUUGUACGGCAUGUCAAGACGGUUUGCAGCUACAGAGCGGAGAAUGCAGAUCAUCUUGCGCGCCAGGUUAUUACAGCGACAGAGGUCAAUGUGCCAAGUGUUAUUUGUCGUGUAAAACGUGCUCGGGGCCUAGAAGAGAUCAGUGCGUUACUUGUCCGAGAGGCUGGCAACUCGCGGCCGGCGAAUGCCAUCCCGAGUGUCCGGAAGGGUUCUUUAAGUCAAAUUUCGGUUGUCAAAAAUGUCAUCAUUAUUGUCGCACGUGCAAAGGCGAAGGCCCGCUAGAAUGUACUUCCUGUCCACCUCAUUCGAUGUUGGAAGGUGGAUUGUGCAUGGAGUGCUUAGGGGCACAAUACUACGAUUCCUUGACUCAACUCUGCAAGAGCUGUCAUUCUGAUUGCCGUAGAUGCACUGGUCCCGGCAAAUUCAGCUGUGCCGCGUGUUCCCCACCACUGCAUUUAGAUAAGUUAAACAAUCAGUGUGUUCCAUGCUGUACGGGUAACGAGAAGGGACCUCAGGUUGAGGAGUGUUGUCUCUGUGAUCCAGAAACCGGCGGCUGCAGGAACAGCUCGCCGGCUGGUAAAAGGAGAGUACCGGGGACAGAGUUCUCGGCUAAUGCCGCACUCUCUGAGACAUACAACAAUUAUGGCAGAACAAAUAACAACGAUUCAGCUUCACUCGCCGUCACAGCAGCCACAACUAUGGCAGUUGCUAUCUGUUUAGCAUCAAUUGCGUUAUUUGCAAUGAUAUUUGUCGCUCUUCAGGCUUGGUCCAGUAGAAAAGAGAUCAAUAUGGGAUAUACACAGCUUGCCGUAAAGCCGUCCGAAGACAUGGACGCCGAUGAUUCAACAGAGCUGAUGACCUAGACUUCGUUAACAGCGACGUAACUAAUGACCUCUUGUCGAAGAGUCACAGAGAGACAAGUCUCGAUUGUGAUUGGUUCGCGAGUCAGAAGUUACGUGCUUUCGUAUUAACGAGGUCCAAGGAUAGCCCAUACAUGUGAUGACAAGGAAAAUAGGAAAAUGGUGGUAAAUACGUAGCGGGGAGGAAAGAGUUGAAAAAGGAGGAGGAGCAAGCAAAAGAAGAAGAUUCGUCGAAAACGUGAUAGUAGAACUCCGUAGAGUGUUGUAUGAAUAAACAGAAUGAAAGUGGACGAAGGGGAGGAAGAGAGUGAGUGAGAGCAAGCGUGAUUGUUGUUUACAUGACCGUGAUACGGAAAGCGUGGAUGUGCGAAUGAACAAGGAAUGUGUUUUAACUAGAGAUAUACUUUUUGCCCGUCAUCGUUGUCGAGUGCGCCGCCGAUAUCAUCGUCACGCACAGCAAGACACUUCCGACACGGAUAGUGAUUAGAAACACGGAGAAAAGGGUGAAGGACAUUAUGAAGUGCCUGAUUAGUGACACCCUUGUUUCCACACCCUUUCGCGUUCCCCCUCCGACGCUUUCAGUUUCCGAAGUAACACGGAGCCUUCGAUUUAUCAUCGUCGACUGUAUCAUCGCUGCGUGUAUUCGCGAGUAAAUAGAACGUCAUCCAAGCGACGAAUAAUGUGAAUACGUUUCGAUUGUUGCGCGUUGCGAGAAUCGAAAGCAAUCUAGUUCGUUUAAUUAGCUUUCUUUAACUGUCUAUCGAUUUUUUCUUCGCGCAACAUUCUCUUACCAAUGCAAUCGAUAACCGAUCAAGUUAUCGAGAGGACAAAAGCGUGUCUCUUUCUUCACCUCUCUUCUGGAAGGCUAUCAACACCUCGUUAAGUAGGGUGAAGAGACAUGUAUGUAAAGUGGCCUCCGUACAUUAGGCUGAACCACGGACCACGUAAUCGUAAUCGUUAAUUGUGAAUUAUGAAUGGAUAUUGUUAUAUAUUUGUAUAAAUGAUAAUAGUAACAAGUGAGCGAACGAAGGGGAGUAAUCGCAAGGAUCAGGAGGGGGAGGCGAAAGAAGCGAUAGCGAGAUGACAAACUAGGAGGGGAACGAGGCGAAGGACCGGACUGGAGGAAGAAGAGAAAGAAAAUAAGAUCAUCGUAUGUUAGCUUUGUUCUCCUGCCUUAAAUCUGAUUGUCUCGACUAAUCGACAUAGUUCGCACGCCCGAAAGAACCAACGGACUCUUACUGCGAUCGCCCAUUUAUUCGACGCGUCUGUGACGUCAGUCGUCACAUUCCAGUACCUCCCAAGCUGGCACAACACAUGCCGUCGUCAACACAAGCAAUGCGUUUUUUUAAACUGUUUGUUGUUAUUACUUGAUUGUCUACUCCGAUGUUUUGUUUAAUAUCUCACUUUCCGCGUUGUUUUUACUUAUUUCUUUGAUUCUCGCUCGUAUCCAUCCUUUCCCCGUUUCGUUGGGAUCGCAUGAGAGGAGGGAAGUCGUUAAAAAAAAAAGAAAAAAGAAAUAAAUGGAUAACAAAAAGAAAGAAAAAAAGAACUUAUACGCCACGAUCCGCAGCGAAUCGAUAUUCUCGAAAGCCAUCGCCCACGCCUACUCGUGUGAAUAUUGACUUUCUCCUUGUGAUUUGAUAUAAAGCUAUUAUUGUACUUUUAUGAAGACCGCGAUUAUAAAUAUACAUAUAUACACAUAA